AUGAAUCCCAACGAUAACAACUUGUUCGGCGACAUAGAACAGGACAACAAUCCGUCGUUCUACGGAAAUCAAUCAUUUCUCCGAGAUCCCUACGGCAAAAGCAAACAGACGUGUCCUCCGAGCGUAACAUCCAAUGGAGACCCCAGUAUCACCAACGAUGAUAACAAUCUGGCCCACAAUAACGAUUUGGUCAGCAAUUCUAUCGUAUUAUCAAAGAAAAUAGAACAGAUGGUCAACGACCCUAAUUUACAAAUAAAUGUCAUUUCCAGUGAACGAAUGAUUAACUCAUCAGUCGUUGCUUAUUCGAUCGAGCUAUCGAGCUUCGACGAUAAUCGCAUGAUAGUGAAGCGGAGGUAUAGUGAGUUCAAGUCUUUGAGAGAUAACUUGCAGAUACUAUUCCCUACGUUGGUAAUUCCACCUAUACCAGAGAAGCACACAUUAUUCACGUAUUUGAUUAAUUCGAUCGACAAUUCAAAAGAACUCAAUAUCAUCGAGACCAGGAAGCGGUGCUUUGCCAAUUUUUUAAAGGACAUUAUAUUUGACUCCAAUGUAGCAUUAAAGAGCUGUGUGCUUGUACAUAAGUUUUUGGACCCGAACUACGAACUUUGCUGGAAUAAUGCUGUUAACGAGCCUCCGGUUAGUUUAAUCCCCAACAAUUUAUUAUUGGCGAAUCCUGUGAAUCCCACCGAUCAAAAUGGGUUGUAUUCGUUAUUACCAAUAGUAAAUGGGUUUGAAUUGAACUCGAAUAUUGAUAACAUUAGUUCACUUCAUAAAUUGAACGAAGAUUUGCAUAAAUUAAAUGAACAAGUACAUGUUUUUGAGCUCAGAAAGGAGCAAAAUGAAAGGCGACACCCAUCCGAGCCUACGACAAGUCUAUUCACAGAGAUACCCAUUAGCUUGAUAGAUUUUGAGAAGAAUUUUCAUCAGAAUAUAAAAGUAUUAACAGAGUUAAACAAGUUAAAUUCUAGAUCUGUCAAGAAUUUCAAGUCUAUCAUAAACACAUUGAUCGAAUUAGGCGGUAAUUUAAACAAUUUUUCUUUACAAAUACAUGAAUUGAACACGGAUUCCAAUGCAUUGAGCUCAUUGAUCGAAAAAUUUGGGUCAACCAUAGACUCUAACUUUCUCGGAUAUGAAGCAUUCUUGAUGAACGACAUAAUACCUGAAUGGCAAGAACCUAUCAGUCAACUAGUGCAAUAUUAUUUGACAUCGUUACAGUUAAUCAAGUUUUACAAGUUCAAGAUAAUACAAUAUAAGCUAGUAUACAAGCUAAAGUUCAAUAAAUACCAAGAACUUGCAAACAUUUCGACUAAUUUUGAAUCUCAGCUGAAACUAAAGGAUUUGCGAAACUUAGAUAUCGACAGUCCUAGCAUCAACGAAGCUAUCAAGAAAAUUGAAUUAAAUCAGAAGCGGUUGAAGAAUCGUAAAAUAUCAUCAAAGAAAAGCUGGUACGGGUUAUUUGGAGGUAACAGCAAACCUACUUUCAAUCUAAGAGAAGAUUUGCCUGCCCUGACUAUCCCAUCUGAGGGAACCGGGAUUAGACGAGAAAGAACACCUCUCGUUAGCGAUGAAAAUAUGAGUUACCCCGUUAACCCUUCCGCAAACCUUGAAAAUACAAAUAUAGAUAUCAACAGUCAUUACAAGCAUAAGAUAAACCAGAUAGAAAAGGAGUUGACCAAGUUGGAUCAGCUCAUUGAUUUAACUAAUACAGACAUAUCAACCCUUACUCAGGAGUUGAACUUAAACUUCAACGACUUUUUGGUUAGGGUCGAGAAGAAAUGGCUUGUGAUCAUGUUGGAGUUUAUCAAGAACGGUAAACAACUAUUUAAGGACAACCUUCAAAAUUGGAACGAAUGUAAGGUGUUUAUAAAUGACUUAUAA